AUGGCGUUCUCUGAAAGGUUUAAAUUUUCCUCAGCAAGCUACCAGCAGAUCCAAGUCAUGAGGUUUGCUAUUGAAGAGAUCAACAACUCCACAGAGCUGUUGCCUGGUGUGAGCCUGGGCUAUGAGCUUUUCGACUACUGCUCUGACUUGCUCAGUUAUUGGGCUGCUCUGGACUUUCUGACCCAAAAGGGAGGAGGAGCCAUCCCUGUGUGGAACGGAACAUCCUACAGACCUAAAGUCAUCUCAGUCACUGGCCCGUUUGGAAGCAGCCAAACCAUCAGUGUCGCCCCUCUGUAUAUGUCGGAGAUGAUUCCAAUGGUGACUCAUGGGGCAUCAAGUGUCCAACUAAGCUACAAAACCAGAUUUCCCUCCUUUUUCAGAACCAUUCCCAGCGACAAAUAUCAGGUGGAGGCUAUAGUCCGUAUACUCCAACAGUUUAACUGGAACUGGGUGGCUUUCAUCGGUGGUGACAAUGACUACAGCAGAGAUGCCUUGACAGUUUUUCAGGAUGAGAUUAGACCAGCUAACAUCUGUUUGGCUUACCAAGACACCAUUCCCCAAAACCAAUCCUUAAUAGGGCGUCUAUUCAACAACAUAGCCAUGUUCAAUGUCCGGGUUAUUGUAGUCUUUGCCAAUGUGGAGUUUGUCAUUCCUUUCAUCCAGAAGGCCAUAGAUCUCAGAGUGAAGGAGAAGAUAUGGAUCGCUAGUGAGACAUGGUCUAUGAACAAAGAGUUGAUCAAGAAGAGUCAGAUUGAGAGCAUAGGGACGGUUUUAGGUGUCACUGUCCAGAGGCACAAGGACCUGAGAGGAUUUGAUGAGUUC